AUGUCUGUCUCUGUCUCUUUUUAUCCUCCAUGUCUAAUCGAUAUCCAGACGCUGCAGGCAAGCUACGAAGACGAGGAAGACGCAUAUCACGCUCGACCUGAUCCGUAUCACGAAACUGCAGCACAUCCCUACGAUAACGAUUACGUUGCGGAGCCAUACGACCGUAAGGUACCGUCGCACGAUUACGAAUACUCAACCUAUGACACCGCCGGAUCGCACGAUCGCGGUCUGCCCUCAGGCAAUCACAAAAUGUCGUUUGACGAUCAACACUACGCGAAUGAGUACGGUAAGGGCUUCAGUACGAUCCAAUGUCUAGGCAGAGGGCAGUGA